AUGGCACUUCGCCUUGCCAUUCUGGCCGGCACAGUCAGCCAGGCCAAGGUGUUGCCCCCAACCCUGCCAGACUUGUCGCCGCUCGGUGAGCCCAGCGUGGCCGCGUUCUUCGGCCUGGAGGGGAAGCCGCAGCCGGUGGAGCGCGUGCGCGAGGUGACAGCAGAUGAGUUCGAUGCACGUGUCCGCUUGGGUCGUCCCUUCAUCAUCGCGGAUGCAGGUCGCGGCAUUGACUUGGCAGGUGCCAGCUGCGAACUCUUCCAUCAGCGCUUUCCCAAGGCGCAGAUGCGGGCGGAGUAUACUGGCAGUGACAGGCCCGAGAAGUUCAUCUCACUGGGGAGCAAGGCUUGGUUUUCGGAGGAUCGGCGCCAAGCAGGGGCGAAGAAGAAGAAGAGCAAGGAAGCGCAACAGCAGACCACCGCACCCUAUGUGUGGCACGUCAAGGAUGGCGGCCACGAGGCGCCGCCAGACGUCCGCGCGGCCGUGCAGCGAGCGUGGCAGCCGCCGUACUUCGUAAGGGGUGCCACGAACUUGCGCGAAGCCAAUGAGUCGGCCGAGUUCUGGUUCCAUCGCCGCAAUGGCUCCGUGCUUGCGCACGCGGACACUUACUGCAUCCCUGCAGUGUCCUUGCAGCUGACUGGGCGCAAGCAUUGGCGUCUCAUGCCCCACCCACAUGUCAACGUGUCUCGGCGAGCUCCUGAUUCUCAUGAUGGAGGGAUUUACCGCACGAAGCUGUGGGAUCCGCUGUGGGAAGCCACCGUCGAGCAGGGCGAGGCCAUUGUUUUCUUUCCGAACCUCUUCCACGAGACGCGAGUCCCCGAAGAUGGGAACCCGGAGUGCACUGUGGCCACAACCUUCCAGCUACAGCUUCCAGUUCCCGCUCGCUACUUCCGAGCUUUCCUUCCGACUCAUGCAAUGUCACACCUUUACUACGAGGGCCACUGCCUUGAUCUCUGGCACUCCUUCGCCACACUGAAGGCUCCCAAGGCUGUCGACGCAACGGAGAGCAGAGAGGUGAUCGAAUCCCAACACGCACAGCUCUUUUCCGAGCUGGACGUAGAUGGCGAUGGGUUCCUGUCCCUGGUUGAGCUGAAGGACUACCUAGCGGCGCAGACAGCCUCAGCCGGCCCGGGGCGGAGUUUCGGGACGCCGUGGCCAAGAUGGUUCUACACGGAGGACUACUUCUACGAUUGGCGACCUGCGGCAGAUGAGGAUGGCAGGCAGGUUCGGCAAGAAAUGGAGGCCGAGUUGCUUCGCUUCCGGGGGGAGGACAUGCUGGCUUACUUGGACUGCUGCCCGCCAGAUGGGCAGGUCUCUGAGCACGAGCUGCUGCAAGCUAUGCUCCAGUGGCAUGUGGCCGGAACCUUAAACCUGACUGUCGCAACUUCGAGCAAGCCAUGUAGGACCCUUCUACACAGGCCCUUCGGUGCUGUGUCUCCCCCGCACAUAAACGAGGCAGCAUUCAGGUAG